CUUUGGGCUGGUGCCACGACUCCCCCACUCGACCAGCUCAUCCAAACAGCCCUGCACCUUGCCCACCAGCCAAUAUCCGCCUUGCAAUCAAGACCAGAGGCAUGCAUGAUCCAAUCUGGCUUAGACGGGCCCUGUGUGACCCUGUUGGCCCUGGGUGUGUUCUGGCUGCUCCUCAAUCUUGAACUGCUGCUAGCCGCCUGAGUCGACGCAGUUUCCACCUCGGACCUCCUCCUGCCCUCUCCUUUUGGUCAGGCACCAGAAAACUUGAGUCGACAAUUCUUCGAGGACUCUAUUAACUAUGAUAACACUCCUCCUAAGACUCGCACCACGGCUGGAUUCAAAAUUUUACAAAGCCCAGGGUCAGGCCGAUCCCCCGUCACAGCUUGGAUUGCUACUCAGUCUGUGCCCUUUGGGCUGAAUGGAUGUUGAUCUCCACUUGGACCUCGAGUGGAUCCCGCACGAAAGAGAGCGAGAGAGAGAGAGAGAGAGGAGAGAGAGACAGAGCGGUCAAAUUAGAAGAAGAACCUGACCACCACCAUCUAGGACGGACCCCGUUUCGAAUCUGCAGUCCAGCGGCAGGUCGUGUUGGAAUAGUUCUUCGACAUGGACUCGUGAGAUCGGGGGCUGGACGAAUCAGUCGCAAGAGGGGGGCAUGGGAAAAGGGUGGAUGAUCCUCCCCCCGCUCCUACCGUACGAUACCAACCAGCCAAUCUCGGGCCAGCAGAGCUGCGGCCAGAAGACGUUGCCACCGGCAGGCGUUGGCGCGGUUGGGCGUUGGGCACGAAUGCGUGUUUCGGGCAUCGCACCCUCCCCCGUCACUCCAUGAUUGGCUGUCAGCAUGCUGACUCUGAUGAAUGCGAGAGCUUACCGUCAUCGAUGAAGGAAAAAAAUCAUAUGCACUUGACCAAGAGUGGUCUCGAACAGGUUCGGUCUCGCCACAAGCAUUUCUGCAUGACGAUGAAGGUGGUGGGAAGAGAAAAAAAAAAGAAAAUAAGUUCUCCUUCGCAAACUGACGAGCAAAUUUGACUUUAAACCAUGUGUGAAAAAGGAAUGUAGCCCUGCCUCUCGGCGUGGGGGGAACAUAGCUAGAUCAUAUAAAUACACACCGGCCAAUAUCAACGUGGACUGGGCAUCAAGGCGUGCAGAGACUGCAGAUACCACAGUUGAUGAGAUGUAGCCCUAAAGAUCUUAUCGCGACGUGGUUUUUUGAACGACUAUACCCCUGGCUAUACUUCCCGAUGACCCAAACAGUCAUCCCAGGGAUUCUUUCUGAUGAUUGGACUCGACAGUUGACGGUGGGGUUUCUCCCAUCGCCCAACCGUGGAAGCCUAGACACCUAAAAUUUGAGGCUCUCAAAGCCCACGUGAACUCACUAGUCCAUUCCGGGAGCUCUUUUACAGCACGCGCCAUGUCUCUGCACAACCCCGGACUUGGGUUGAAUGACACUGUAGCUCACCGCGGACAGCUAUUCUCGCGAUCAACAAUCCCUGCGUCGCCAUGCUGCAGUCUCGAGUAUGUCGUCUGAAGACCCACCCAAUGCGUCGCCCAACGAUGCCGUGAAACGCUCCCGCUACACUCAUCGCCAACUCCAACUACUGCGCCAGGGCUCGACAGCCACCCCGCUCCGCACAAUUGCGCAUAUCGAUCUCGAUGCCUUUUACGCACAAUGCGAGAUGGUGCGCCUGGGGACACCCCGUGACACCCCACUUGCGGUGCGCCAGUGGGAUUCACUGAUUGCUGUCAAUUACGCCGCGCGGCCGUUUGGGAUCACCAGGAUGAUAACGGCGGCCGAAGCUCGCAGAGCUUGCCCCAAUAUUGUCCUGCAGCAUGUGGCGACUUUUCGAGAAGGAGAAGGGGGGCGGUGGGCAUACCGUGACGACGCGUUUAUGAAUAUCAAAACCGAUAAGGUUUCUCUUGAUCCGUAUCGGGCAGAGUCGAGGAAGAUCCUUAGAACCAUGAAGGAGGCAUUGGAGAGAUGGUGUACGCAUGAGUCGGAUGGUGAAAUCCACCGCUUUACCCAGGGUCUUUCUGCUACACUGGAAAAGGCCAGUAUAGACGAAGUCUUCAUUGACUUGUCACCCAUUGUCUACAGCGUCUUGCUCCAAAGAUAUCCGGAACUACGGCCAGGGCCGCAGGAUGGGGACCGUGAUGCGGAGCUACCCCCUCCGCCAACCACGGCGGUGCAAUGGUAUCCCGAAGAUUGUUUGAUAGACCUCGAUCUACAUGAACGGGAGGAAGAUGACCCGGACUGGGACGACAUUGUCAUGCUCACUGGGGCAGAAAUCGUUCGAUCUGUACGUCGUGCAGUCUGGGAUAGUAUGAAGUACACCUGCUCCGCGGGCCUUGCACGGAACAAAAUGCUCGCUAAACUGGGCAGUGCCUGCAACAAGCCCGACAAACAGACCGUAGUGCGAAAUCGUGCCGUCCAACACUUCCUAGGAGGUUACAAAUUCACCCAGAUCCGUAUGCUGGGCGGGAAGCUCGGAGACCAGAUCACUUCUUACUUCGGCACGGAGAAAGUGAGCGACCUGCUCAACGUGACUCUUGAGCAAUUUCGUGCCAAAUUAGAUGAUCACACCGCGUCAUGGCUGUACGGGAUUAUCCGUGGUGACGACCGAACCGAGGUCAACCCUCGAACGCAGAUCAAGUCGAUGCUGUCGGCCAAGUCGUUCCGACCUAGUAUCAAUUCGUUGGAGCAUGCCGAGAAAUGGCUGCACAUCUUUGCAGCAGAUAUCUACGGUCGUCUUGUGGAGGAUGGCGUGCUUGAAAAUAGACGUCGUCCCAGAGUGAUUGCACUACACCACCGUACGGCACAGACUCGGUCUCGUCAAAUUCCUAUUCCUGCGGCGAAUGCCAUCGAUGAGAACCUGCUCUUUGAGUUGGCCAGGACGUUAAUGCGACAGGUCAUGGCAGAUGGACAGCCUUGGCCGUGUUCCAACCUAUCCUUAAGCGCCAAGUCUUUGAACUAUGGAUCUCGUCCUCGAGAUGAUGAAACCCCUAUUAAUGAACAACUCCCGUCGGAAAAGAAACGAAAGGUCGAUGAUAGCGGUAUCAAGCGGUUCUUCUCGCAACCGCCUCAGGAUGAUAGACCCGUGUUUGAUCGAGAGAACCCUCGGCCCAAAGAAGAUCAUGAUAAUUCUACGCUUCCAGUGGCAGUUCCCAAAGCUGAAGUGGGUGACAACAUAAUGCCACACUAUACCUGUGAUCGAUGUUCCCGGUCCAUCCCUGAACUCGAAAGAGAGGAGCACGAUGAUUGGCAUUUCGCCAAAGACCUGGAAGUUCAGGAGCGCCAAGAGGCGAGGGAUGCACAACCACAAUCGCGACCAACGCCGAGCUCGAGUGCACCUCGAGGCUCAAGUACUCGGGCUAGAGGGGGUCGAGGUGGUCGGGGUGGUCGAGGCAAGCCCGAGAGAGGGCAAAUGCGACUGGCUUUUCAAUGACCUUUUGAAUAAAGGGGAUGUAUAACAUCUUUUACGGAUCUUAGCAUUAGUGGAGUUUAAAGCAGUACCUAUAUAUACCCCUUUACUAUUAGAGGGGAAACCCAAUGUCAAGAUGCGCUUUCGGAAUGGCAAGGGAGAUCUCUGAUUUCUGAUUUCUGUGAUACAAGACCCACAUCCAGAGUAAUCCCAACAAUAUUCUCA